ACAGGAAAGAAACCUCACCGCUGCUCUGACUGUGGGAAGAGAUUCACCUCCUCAUCAGGCAUUAAAAUUCAUCAGAGAUUCCACACAGGAGAGAAACCUUAUUGCUGUGGUCAAUGUGGGAAGAGAUUUACCUCCUCAUCAUGCAUUAAAAUUCAUCAGAGAAUUCACACAAGAGAGAAACCAUAUGGCUGUGCUCAAUGUGGGAAGAGUUUUGUUAAUUCUUGCAAUCUGACUGCACACCAAAGAACACACACAGGAGAGAAACCAUAUGGCUGUGCUCAAUGUGGGAAGAGUUAUUUUACAUCUAGCCAUCUGACUGCACACCAUAGAAUACACACAGGAGAGAAACCAUAUAGCUGUGAUCAAUGUGGGAAGAGUUUUGUUAAUUCUUGCAAUCUGACUGCACACCAAAGAACACACACAGGAGAGAAACCUUAUAGCUGUGAUCAAUGUGGGAAGAGUUAUUGUCAAUCUGGCCAACUGACAGUGCACCAAAGAACACACACAGGAGAGAAACCAUAUAGCUGUGAUCAAUGUGGGAGGAGUUUUAGUACUUCUAACUAUCUGACAGUACACCAGAGAACACACACAGGAGAGAAUCCGUUAUGUGAUCAAUGUGGGAAGAGUUUUACUACUUCUGGCUAUCUAACUAUACACCUUAGAACACACACAGGAGAGAAAUCUUAUAGCUGUGAUCGAUGUGGGAAGAGUUUUACUCAGCCAAACAGCCUGAAUAUACACAAGCGGACACACACAGGGGAAGGGAUACUUCCCUUCCCCUGUGUCUCAGAUCUCUGAUUAAACAUAAAAUACAUGAAGGAGUUGUUUCAUGAUAUCAUUGAAAUAAUGUCACAAUGUAGAAUGUUUUAACAUUGUAGUAGGAGUAUUUUAAUGAUGUCAUAAUGUAGAAUGUUUUAACAUUGUAGUAGGAGUAUUUUAAUGAUGUCACAAUGUAGAAUGUUUUAACAUUGUAGUAGGAGUAUUUAAAUGAUGUCACAAUGUAGAAGCCUAAAUGUUUGUCCCCUGUUCUAUUGAUUUCAACAUGAUAUGGAUAUUAGCCCCAGGGGGAAAAUCCAGGCUCUGAAUUGGAAGAGUAUUAUUUAUGUGAUUUAACAAAAAGUUACUAACACAAAUAGAGCUGUGUUACACUUACCACGUUGGUGACCCACUGGAAUCAAAAUGCAACACUUCAAAAUGUAGCUAGCUGUUUUCUACAAGUUGUCCUCUAAUCAGGGAUGUACACAUUAUUCCCAUAUUCUGUGUGGUUUUUGAGCUGUUAGUUUUAACAGGACGCGUAACCUCAUCUCCCUUCUGUCACACAAUUAAUUUUGACAUGAUAUCGAUGAGUGAUGACAAAUAAGGGUUGUGUUCGUUUGUUUAGCGACCCCUACAUUUAAAUGCAUCACUCCAAAAUGUAGCUGACUGUUUUCUGCAGGAUGUCCUAU